AUGGGAAUGUUUAUACUUGGAGCGCCUCUUUGGACGUUAGUGUGCGUCAGUCUGAGUGCGUCUCUGCUGCACGCACUUCCACCUCCUCAGACUGCGCCUCGGAGACAGACCUUGCAAUGGUCGCAUAACGGACAACUGUUCAGCAUCCUGAGCCAAGGAUCCGAGUACCAUCCAGCACGGAGGCGAGGAGCAGCCCAGAGACAGGACUCUCACACGGUCACUAUCAGUAGAGACCAGGCGAGACAGCAGCGCCCCAACCCGGGCACCAACCCGGGGGGGGACCAGGGAGGGAACCCGGGCACCAACCCAGGCACCAACCCGGGAACCAACCCGGGCACCAACCCAGGCACCAACCCAGGCACCAACCCGGGCACCAACCCUGGCCCCCGGGCCUCGGGCCCCAUCCACAGGUUCCUUGGAGGGCGUGCACGCACAUCAGAGCGCAGGGGCCACGCAAAAAAUGAGACUCGCGGUGCAGGAGGCGACGUGAUGGUUGGGGACGACCCCUACAAUGAUCCAUACAAGUCCACCAACUACGAGAACCCAUAUUACAAUCACUACGACGCAUAUGAGCAGCCCAGGGCCAGGUCCAGGCCGGGGUACGGCACCAGGUACCACCAGUAUGGUCUUCCAGACCUGGUUCCUGAUCCAUACUACAUGCAAGCCUCAGUCUAUGUCCAGAGAGUGCCCAUGUACAGCCUGCGGUGUGCAGCAGAGGAGAACUGUCUGUCCAGCUCAGCGUACAGAUCCAAUGUCCGGGACUAUGACACGCGGAUGCUGCUGAGAUUCCCUCAGAAAGUCAAGAACCAGGGCACGGCGGACUUUCUACCCAGUAGACCGCGCUACUCCUGGGAGUGGCACAGCUGUCACCAACAUUACCACAGCAUGGACGAGUUCAGUCACUAUGAGCUACUGGACGCCAGCACCCACCACUCGGUGGCAGAGGGCCACAAGGUCAGCUUCUGCCUGGAGGACACUUCCUGUGACUAUGGAUACUAUCGCCGCUACGCCUGCACCUCCAACAGACAGGGUCUGAGUCCAGGCUGCUAUGACACGUACAAUGCAGACAUAGACUGUCAGUGGAUUGACAUCACAGAUGUGAAACCUGGAAACUAUAUCCUCAAGGUCAGUGUGAACCCACAGUACAUUGUCCCAGAGUUGGACUACAGCAACAACAUAGUGCGUUGUGACGUUCGCUACAGCGGGAACCACGCCUCAGUGUCCGGCUGCCACAUGUCUCCGUAUUAA